CUGAUAGCAUCACAGUGACACUGAUUGUGUGGUCAGGAAAUAGUGAAAGUUGCUGGGGAGGCGACAGGGAAAGCGGUACAGCUGGGAAUAGCGACCAGUGGCUUUUUCUCUUGCCUCGGACAAAACAUGACUUGCGUCACACGAAGAUGCCUGCAAAGGCAAAAGGAGUUCAUCCUGGAUGGUGUGGCCGUAGACACUAUAGCAAGCAGCUACACCAACCUCCUGCCCAGGCUGUGGUCUGCCUUGCCGCCUUAUAAUGCUCAGCUGGACAUCCACGCGGCCAGCUACUUCUCAUCCCCGGUGGUCAAAUCUGUGCUGAAAAGGACAGAACAGACCCGCGGAGGUACCUCGAGGGAUGGCUGGAUAGUAGAUUAUUUUCAUAUCUAUGGGCCAGGACAGAGGUACCUGAACAGGAGAAAUUGGGCAGGGGCAGGUCAUUCUCCACAGCAAGUGGCUGGCCACUAUUGGCACUUGAUGGACGUAAAGCCGGUGAAAGGGUACAAUGGACGUUACGGCUACCGCCGCAACACCCCUGAUCUCCGCACUCGUUCCUCUUGCUUUGGCGAAGUCACAUGUUUCCCCAUCCAUUGAAGCGUAGAAUAUGAUUUCUUCACUGCCUUCCUCUUAUCACACUCUCCAUUUGUUGUCAAUUAUAUUGAUUUCUCCAAAAUAAUAAUAAAAAAAUACUUUUAAUUU